AUGGCUCCUUAUGAAGCUUUAUAUAGUCGAUCUCCUCUAACGAUUUUAUCAUAUUUACCAGGCUCUACAUCGGUGCAUGAUGUUGAUCUCAAUCUCCAAGCAAGAGAUCACACUCUUAAACUCUUAAAAACACAAUUGCUUGAAGCUCAAACUCGGAUGAAGAAAUAUGCUGACUCUCAUCGCACAGAAAGAUCUUUUCAGAUUAAUGAUUGGGUUUAUUUACGACUACAACCAUACCGGCAAACUACUAUUGCUAGCACAUCUUUCUCGAAGCUCUCUCGAUUUUAUGGUCCUUUUCGAGUUUUGGAGAAAAUUGGAAGUGUGGCUUAUAGAGUAGAGCUUCCUGCAACAAGUUACAUUCAUCAUGUUUUCCACGUUUCUCAAUUGAAAAGGAAAUUAGGAAUGACUGUUAAUGUAGUUGUUGUUUUACCAGAUAUCAUUGGCUAUGACAAAUGGGAACCAUCUGCAAUUUUACAGCGUAGAAUGUACAAGAAAGGUCAUCAUGCUGGUACUCAGUGGUUAGUGCACAGGAAAAAUCAUCCUGAAGAUGAAGCCACUUGGGAGGAUGCUGACGAGUUCAUUGCAAGAUUUCCAGACUUUAAGACUUGA